UCCUACAAGCGUGUGUUUCCAUCAUCUCCCAUCACAUUUACCACAGGCAGAGCUUUACCAACCACUGUUACAAGCACAGACUCUGGUCCCCCCUCCCUUCGUCAUUCUUUCAGAUAUAUCCAGCUAUGGAUAUGGACAGUGCCAGCUCAGUGGUGCUGCAGGCCUUAACCCAAGCUACCAGUCAGGACACAGCUGUGCUGAAGCCUGCAGAGGAGCAGCUCCGACAGUGGGAGACGCAGCCAGGCUUCUACUCUGUUCUUCUGAAUAUCUUCAAUAACCACAUGCUGGAUGUGAACGUUAGGUGGCUUGCUGUGCUCUACUUCAAAAAUGGCAUCGACAGAUACUGGAGGAGAGUAGCGCCUCAUGCUUUGUCAGAGGAGGAGAAGACGUCAUUGCGUGCUGGCCUCAUCACAAACUUCAAUGAGCCUGUCAAUCAGAUAGCGACCCAGAUUGCAGUGCUGAUAGCCAAGGUAGCCCGUCUGGAUUGCCCCAGGCAAUGGCCAGAGCUCAUCCCCAUUCUGCUCGAAUCCGUGAAGGGUCAAGAUGGCCUGCAGCAACACAGAGCGCUGCUAACUUUCUAUCAUGUUACCAAAACCCUUGCGUCCAAGCGUCUGGCACAGGACAGACGGCUUUUCCAGGAUCUUGCGUCAGGCAUUUACAGCUUUGCAUGCUCCUUGUGGAGCCACCACACCGACUGCUUCCUCCAGCAGAUUUAUGCCACAGAUGAGGUGGCAGCGCUCAGCUCACUGGAGAGGACACUGCUCUCUCUUAAAGUGCUUCGCAAGUUGACAGUCCAUGGAUUUCAAGAGCCACAACAGAAUAUGGAAGUGAUGGGUUUCCUGAAUGCAGUGUUUGAAAGGCUAAAACAGUUCUUGGAAUGCUGUCGGCAAGCUGGUCCAGAUAACACAUGCAGAGAAAAACUGGAGAAGACGAUCAUACUGUACACUAAAGUUUUGUUAGAUUUCCUAGAGUACCAUCCGUGUGCAUUUAUACCCCUUAUUCAGCGUUCCCUGGAAUUUGCUGUCAGCUACGUGUUCACACCUGCUGGGGAAGGAGUGACCUUUGAACGCUUCAUUGUCCAGUGCAUGAACCUCAUCAAGAUGAUCGUUAAGAAUGAUGCCUACAAACCUGCCAAGAAUAUAGAAGACAGUAAACCAGAGAGUCUGGAGGCUCACAAGAUCAAGACAGCUUUCUUCACACACCCCACGCUGACAGAGAUUGGACGCCGGCUUGUUUCACACUACUUCCUUCUCACAGAGGAAGAGCUGGCAAUGUGGGAAGAGGACCCUGAGAGCUUUGCUGUUGAGGAAACUGGUGGUGACUCUUGGAAAUACAGUCUACGGCCUUGUACUGAAGUUUUAUUCCUGGAUAUCUUCCACAACUACAGCCAGACCCUGACGCCAGUGCUUCUGGAUAUGGUUCAGAAUCUCCAGGGCCCAACCAAUGUGGAAGACCCUGUUCAAUUGCUAAUGAAGGAUGCAGUAUACAACGCGGUGGGACUGGCAGCUUAUGAGCUGUUUGACAACGUGGACUUUGACCAGUGGUUCAAGAAUCAGCUUCUUGGGGAGUUGCAAGUCAGCCAUCACAGAUAUAAGUUAAUUCGCCGACGAGUCAUCUGGUUAAUAGGACAGUGGAUCUCUGUGAAGUUCAAAUCUGACCUUCGGCCUUUACUCUAUGAGGUCAUCCUCAGUCUCAUGCAGGAUCCUGACUUGGUGGUGCGGAUUGAGACAGCUACAACUCUGAAGCUCACUGUUGAUGACUUUGAGUUCCGGACAGAACAGUUCCUCCCAUAUCUCGAGUCUAUCUUUGGGCUGCUCUUCCAGUUGUUGCAGCAGGUGACAGAGUGUGACACUAAAAUGCAGGUGCUCCACGUCAUCUCCUGUGUUAUCGAGAGAGUAAACAUCCAGAUCAGGCCGUAUGUUGGCUGCCUGGUUCAGUACCUACCCCUGCUUUGGAAGCAAUCUGAAGAACACAACAUGCUCCGAUGUGCCAUACUCACUACUCUCAUCCAUCUGGUACAGGGCCUGGGGGCAGAGAGUAAGAAUCUGUAUCCUUUCCUUCUUCCUGUCAUCCAGCUGAGCACUGAUGUUUCCCAGCCGCCUCAUGUGUAUUUGUUGGAGGAUGGAUUGGAGCUUUGGUUGGUGACAUUGGAGAACAGCCCAGCCAUCACACCAGAGCUGCUCAGAAUUUUCCAAAACAUGUCUGCUUUACUGGAAUUGAGCUCAGAGAACCUGCGCACCUGCUUUCAGAUCGUCAAUGCCUACGUAUAUUUGUCUGCAACAGAGUUCCUGCAGAACUAUGCAGAAUCGUUGUGUCGAUCCUUCUGUGAUCUGCUGAAAGACAUUACAAAUGAAGGACAGGUCCAAGUACUCAAGGUGGUAGAGAUAGCUUUAAAGGUUAGCCCCAUACUGGGAGCCCACAUGUUCCAGCCCCUGCUGCCAGCUGUCUUCCGAGGCAUUGUGGAUGGUGAGAGAUACCCUGUGGUGAUGUCCACUUACCUAGGCAUCAUGGGCCGCGUCCUGCUCCAAAACUCCAGUUUCUUCUCUUCUCUGCUCACUCAGAUGGCCUCUGAGUGCAAUCAGGAGAUUGACCAGCUGUUGGGCAGUGUGAUAGAGAUGUGGGUAGACCGCAUGGACAACAUCACUCAACCUGAAAGGAGGAAGCUUUCCUCAUUGGCUCUGCUUUCUCUCUUACCAUCUGACAACAGUGUGAUCCAGGACAAGUUCUGUGGCAUCAUCAACAUCUGCGUUGAGGCGCUGCAUGACGUGAUGACAGAAGAGCCCGAAACAAGCACCUUCAAAGACUGCAUGCUGAUGAGCCAUUUUGAAGAGCCCAAGCUAAGUGAUGAUGAGGAGCCACCUACUGAGCAAGACAAGAGGAAGAAACUGUUGGCCCUAGAGGACCCGGUGCACAGUGUCUCUCUCCAGCAGUUUGUCUAUGAGAAGCUGAAGGCGCAGCAGGCUCUGAUGGGGGACCAGGGAUUUGGUGCCCUGAUGGAGACCGUGGACACAGAGCUCGUCAGGCAGCUCCAGGAGUUCCUCCAAGGCCUCUGAAUCACAACUACAAUCCUUCACUACCUUACACAAACAUCUUUGCCUAAUGCUACCUUCUACCCCCGUUUUUGAAAAUGUACUGAAAAAGGCUAACAAUCUGCCCAACGUGUGGACUCCUAUUCCUAACCUUCCCAACUUUUACCCAUGCUAUGCCUUAUCUAUAUUCAGACCUAGCCUUGUUGACUGCCCUCUGCUAACACUCCUUUUCCCUUUCUCUAUUAUCUAGAUUCCUUUAUGUCCUUUUUUUAUCAAGAUGAGGUCUAUGUCAGUGCUUGAAAAUGUGAGAGCACCGUUACAUUUUUAAAACACCCACAUGGAAUCAUCACCACACUAGAGCUUCCACUCAAUUCUUCUAUUUUCUUCUCUUUCUGUGGUUUUUAACAUGGGAUGGGUAGAAUAUUGGAGAGAAAAGUUAGAGGGGGUUGAGGAGUCUAUAGCAAAAAUCAUCUGCAGGUGCCAGAGCAGGAGCCUUGAACUAUUUUCUAUAACAUAUAGAUUGUAGCAGAAAUGUGGAUAAAACAAACCUGAAGGACCUAAAGCAGUGUUUACAAAAUCUAUUCUUAAAAGAGAAAAAAAAUGUAAUUUUGUAUGUAUGUAAAGUAUGGAUGAUAUUCUGCAUGGUGAUAUUUUACUUUUUAGUUUGUUUUUACUUUGUUUUGUUUUUUUUCUUUUUCUUUUUUUUAAGAGAUAAUUUUGUCAUAACCAGAGGUCAAGUUGAAGUAACUACUGAGAGAACUCGAAAGUGUUUUUCUUUCUUUUUGAGUUUGGCUAGAGGGAAUUUUCUUGACUUAUAAAAUGGGUGAUUUUUAAAUGGUUGAUUUGUAAGAGUGCUGAACCACAUACAUACAUACUGCUGCUAAUUGAUGGUGUGUCAGAGCACUUUAAUAACCAAAAACUGUUUCACUUCUUUUCCUUGAUGGUACAUGUUCUCACAUCAUUGUACUUAAACACAGUGGCAGAAGGCCUUGGAGCAGUGCAGCAGGAUUGUGCAUAUUCGACCCUCAUCUUGUUAUGUUGAUAUUUAUCAUUUCUCAGUGCUAACUAAUACAACAUUCAGAUUAACUGCAAAUAUGACAUCAGGUCGUACAAAUCUAUUUGAAAGAAUUUGAUUCAUCCUGAUCCAAGCCGCUUUCUAAAAGUCACUUUGUCAUGAGAUAAACAUCAUCAUCAUGGUUAGGGAAUUUGUGUGUACCUGUCUUGCUGCCCUGCUUUUUUUUCUGAGUUGAUCAAUUGUUACUUACUCUUUAGAAAUGAAGCUAUAGAUUUGACAGAGGAAACCUGUUUUUCCAAAAAAGGUUAUCUCAGAACAGUUGAUUAUUUGAGAGUUUGACAACCUAUGUUAUGAAUAAUAAAUAAUCAAGAAGUACAUAAUGGCACCUAGAUUGUGUAAUAUGUGGACUCAUUUCAUGCAGAACCCAAAAACUGAAAAUGUGGUCUAAAAAUAUAGUUGUCAAUUUUGGGUGCUCAUAUAGAAAUAAACUUCUGCUUAAAUUUGAGUUGUGUCUUAAAGCCUACACACUGACUUUAUAAUCUAUUCUUAAAUGUAUGGUUUCAUUUUAAUUUCUUAUGUUGGUCAACUUUCCUGUCAAGGAGAUUAUCCUGACACUAGCUCCUUUGAGACUGUGAUAGAGUUGAAUAGCAGUCAGAAUUACGGCCUUAUGCUUUCAGCCUUGCUUAUUCUUGAAACUCAAAAGACAUUUCUUACUUAGUUAACAGUUUCUUACAUGCUUAACUAGUUUAACAGUAGGACAUUUCUGUACUUAUAUUCUGUUAAUAUUACAAUUAUGAUGUUUUGAACACAACGCAGUAGAACAUUUCUGGGUUAAAUUUAUGUUUUGAUGGGAAAUAAUCCGUGUUGCUUUUUCCAAAGCCUUCAAUAAAAUGCAGUAAUC